AUGUCAGGUUCCAACACAACUGAAUUCACCAACCCCUCCACCUUCAUCCUGCUGGGCAUUCCUGGCCUGGAGGCGGCCCAUGUCUGGAUCUCCAUCCCCUUCUGCACCAUGUACAUCAUAGCCAUCUUGGGGAACUUCACCAUCCUGUUCAUCGUGAUGACAGAGCCAAGCCUCCAUGGGCCCAUGUACUAUUUCCUCUGCAUGCUGGCCAUCACUGACCUGGUCCUGUCCACGUCCAUCCUGCCAAAAACGUUGAGCAUCUUCUGGUUCAAUUCCAGGGAGAUCGAUUUCAGUGCCUGCCUCACCCAGAUGUACUUCAUGUACUCCUUCUCAGCGAUGGAGUCUGGGAUCUUCGUGGCCAUGGCUUUUGAUCGCUAUGUGGCCAUCUGUGAUCCUCUGAGACAUUCCACCAUCCUGACAAACCCUGUGGUGGCCAAGAUCUCUCUGGCCGUAGUGCUGCGUGGCGGUGUGGUCAUACUGCCCAUUCCCAUCCUGGCUAGCCAGUGGCCGUAUUGCACAACCAACAUCAUCCCCCAGCCGUCCUGCCUUCACAUAGCCGUGGUUAAUCUGGCCUGCGCCGACACCCAUGUCAGUAGUUACUACUCCCUGUUCGUGAUAUUCUGUGUGAUGGGUCUGGAUGGCAUUUUUAUCACUUUGUCCUAUACACAAAUCCUCAGGGCCAUCUUCAGUCUCCCCACAAAGGACGCCCGGCUCAAGACGUUUAAAACCUGCGGCUCCCACCUUUUUGUCAUUUCAGCCUUUUACAUCCCAGGUGUCUUCAUCUCCCUCAUGAACAGAUUUGCCCAAAAUGUGCCCCUGUAUUUCCACGUUCUCAUUGCCAAUGUGUCCUUCUUGAUGCCCCCCAUGCUAAACCCCAUCAUCUAUGGAGUGAGGACCAAACAGAUCCGGGACAGGCUGCUCCGGCUCUUUACUCAUAAAGGGGCCUAAAGAUUUCUCCUGGUGCUCUGGCUCUCAGA